AUGCUGCUACAGGAACAAUCAAGGCUACGUCUCUGCGUCCUCACUGACUUCUCGCCCCCUCGGGUGCAGACGUUGGGAGCCAAGGCAGCCGCUGCGCUGGAUCAGGAGCUCAUGAGCACCUGUGCCUUUUCCAUCGAUCAGCUCAUGGAGCUCGCAGGCCUCUCGGUCUCGCAGGCAGGGGGCGAUGGCCUUGUGGCCGCACGCCAUCUAUACUACUACGGCUACAAGCCGUCCAUAUUCUACCCGAAAAGGUCCAAGAAUGAAUUGUUUCAACGUCUCGUCAAGCAACUUGAGGACCUCGAGGUUCCCUUUGUCGAUGAUUUCAAAACAGCCAUGACAUCGACGGACCAUGUCGUCGACGCCAUCUUCGGAUUCAGUUUCUCUGGCGAGAUUCGAGAGCCGUUUCCAGCCGUCAUCAAGGCCCUCGAGGAGACAAAAUUGCCCGUCACCUCAGUGGACGCGCCGUCGUCAUGGGACAUCGAAGACGGUCCAGCUAGGUCCGGCCUGGGAAGCUCCUUCAUGCCUACCGCGCUCGUCAGCCUGACUGCGCCGAAGCCACUGUCGAGGUACUUCAGGGGCCGCCAUUUCGUCGGCGGACGAUUCGUCUCGCCCUCCAUGGCGGAGAAAUAUGCCGUUGACAUUCCCGAGUACGAAGGCAUGGACCAAGUUGUCGAAGUUUCAUCGGCGGUUGAAAAACUUUGA